GGAACCAAAGUAAAUUGCACAGAUGAGGGUCUGCAUCAUUCCUGGCACGUAAAUAUCUUUCAUCCUGCUUGCAGAGUAUUUUGGAAAGCGAGGAAAUGGAAUAUGAAAAAAUUUGAGUUUGAAGAGGACUUCCUACUUUUUUGGAGAAGAAAGUAUCUUAGAAGGAAGGAGGAAAGACGGUUGAGUUUUUCUGAGACCCAGCAAGAGCAGCAGCUCUGCGAUCAGAUCAUCACAUUUCCCUGUUCCAUGUGCAAGAAGGAAAUUGACCUAACUGGAUUUUUCCUCCACAAAAAGCAACAUGUCGCUCUGGCCACACUGGGUCUUGAAUGGAAGAGUGGAAUUACACCAGCACGCUCAGCAGUUGCUGGUAAGAGAAAGUUCACCAUUACUAAACUAAUGUCAUCUUCUACAUUUACUGAAAAAGGCCUAGAGAGCAUGAAUAAUGCUUUAGAAGUACUUUGGAAGAAACAAAUGCCAGAGUACUAUAAGAUCAUGGAAAACAUUCACAAUAGUACCAUCCAUUCACAAAGAAUCUGCCAUCUAUUAAUUAAAGGAGCAGCCGUUUGCACUGACAAGAAUUCUACGUGGAAAGUGGACAUGAACGAUAAAUUCACUAUAGCGAAUAAUUUUGGCAGUAAACUGGAUGUGUGCUUCUUCGGUUUGUUUGAUGGGCAUCAUGGUCCAACAGCAGCAGACUUCGCAUCCAAGGAACUCCCAGUUUUACUUCUCCAUCAGCUUUCCAAAUUUGAUCCUUCCUACCAAAUGACCCUUAGAGAGCACAAAUUAAUCAAUUCUUUCCAGACAGUGUUUAGGAAAGAGUACAUCGCUCUAGAAAACCUCUUCUCUGUAAACAAAGAAACAAAAGAACCGCCGUGUAAGCGUGAGAACAUACACAAAGCCUUUGCCAAAGCCUUUUGGAGAAUGGAUAGGCUUUUACGUCUUGGGAGAGAAGAAGUAUCCAGGGUUCAAUGGAGCGGCUGUUCUGCAGUUGCCUGUGUAUUGGAAGGCAAACUCACGAGUUCCAAGGCCAAGAAGAAUCAGAGACGCCCUGACCAUGAUGAUUGGUCAGAGAGAUUCCCUUCCCAGAGGGUGCCGCAAGUAAUCUCUGGAGAACUACAUAUUGCACACACUGGUAAUGUACAAGCAGUCUUAUGCAGAAAUGGAAAAGGCUUUUGCUUAACCAAAGAACAUACUCUGAGAAACAAAAAGGAAAAAAAAAGAGUACUUGAGAAUGGAGCAAGAAUUAGUUCAAAUGAACCAUAUGGACUCCUAGAAGGGCAAACAAAAACCACAAGAGGACUUGGAUUUCAUGGAAAUCCCAAACUGAAAAAUUUCAUUAUUCCAGUACCUCAAACAUUGUCUGUCCCUAUAGAUGACUUAUGUCAAUUCCUUAUCUUAGCUACUAAUGGACUUUGGCAAGUUCUGGAUAAAAAGGAAGUCACUGCAUUGGCAAUAACAAUGUUUCAAAUGUAUAAAGAAAUACACUAUUUUAACCUAAAAAAAAGAUUAACCAAAGAUUCUCUGUUUUCCCCAGUCUUUGGAAAAAAGGCUACUGAACCAGAAAGUAAUACCCACACAUCGUUUCAGCGUAAAUCUGAAGAAUGGGUGCCAAGUACAAAUUUAAAAGAAAAAUUGUCUAGUGUAAAAAAUUCUAAGAAUUUCACCCGUGAUCCUAAAAAUACACAAACAUUUCUACCAGAAAUGACUAAUUGUGAUACUUGCAGUGAGAAAGCAACUGAUAAGCCAACCCAUGAAGGUGGUGUGCCAGGAGAUUCAAUUGAAAAACAAAAAAUAUACCCCAAGCAUUUCUAUGAAGCUGCAGCUGAGUAUAUCAGCCAUGGACUUGUAAGUGCUGCUUUAGUGGCUGGCUCCAGAGACAACAUUACAGUUAUGGUAAUACUUCUCAAUGGAAGUGAAUAUCAGUUUCUGAAAUGAAAGAUAAAGUUCUGAUUAUCCAGAAUACAAAAAUAUAAAGAAGAACUCUUCAAUGAACCAGAUAUUAGGAUAAUACAUCAAUACCACACAAAUAAUUUUUAAGAAUGUAGUAAAGAAAAUAUAAAUGCAGAUUUUUGAGUUAUAUAAUACUAUUUAUAUAUGUUCACUGCUCCAGUGGAAAAAAAAAGAGAAAAACCAGUACUGCUUUUUAUACCACUUUAUUCCAACCUGAGCACCUCAAUAUAAAACUAAACACUGGUGAACUGUUUCCUUACUAAUUCUGAAUUACUGUAAAUGUACAAGUUCUGCUAGCAGUUCAACACUUAAAUAGAUUAAAUCAUUUCUGACACAUGGUAGAUUUCAUAUAAUGAAAAUACCUAAAACAAUUAGUGCAAUAUACUGAAUUGAUCAAAAUAAACAAACUUUGGAAAAUAAGGCUGCAAGAUUAUUAUUAACAUGUCGAAAUACUUACGCUACAAAUUACUGGUACAUUGUUUAUUACGGUUCUGAAGCCCCUUCCUUUGGAAGGAGGCAAGAAGGAAAAAUUAGCUGUUUUAGUAACUGUACAUUUUGUAUACUUUUAAGCAACUCUUAAAUAUUACAGAAAAGUAAUGAACAUAUGGAGACUACAAUGCAGUACCCUAUUUACAGUACAGCUGAAGAUCAAAUUUAAAAUAAUCAAGUUUGAAUGUACAUAAUUGUUAGUGCGUUAACUAUAUUAUGACCAAAGGGAACAAAAGCCCCCUGCAAGCCCCUGAACAAAACUGAUAAAAUGGCCUGCAGUGAUUAAACAAAAAUCAGACACUUGGUUUGUUUCACUUUUGUUGAAGAGCUCACCUUCAGAGGGAACACUACUCAUUACAAUGCCUUUUAUCAGUUUUCAUAUUCCUAAAACAAGAUGGGGUUACUUUUUUCCUUUUUUUUUUUUUUUACCCCAUUUUAAAAAAUAAGAGGACUGCCUGCAAUUUAGAUGCCACUAAUGUUCACUCCUCUCACCCCCUAUCCUGCCCCCCCAAUAUGUGGGACUGUUUUCUUGUAGCUAAUUUGUUUAAAUGUGGAAUGUACACUUUAAAUAUGGAUACUAUGAGAAAUUAUUGGUUUCCUAAAUACUAUAGCUAAGCAUAAAUAUCUUUAGAACCUUCU